UUAUCGCCGGCUUCUCCUUGUAGUUUUCACGCUCUUGGUUUUACUGCCAUUGCCAAUCAUCGUUCGCACCAAGGCAGAACACUGCAAUGAUUCUAACCACUGGGGACAGGCCUGUGAGGACUGAAGUAGCAGUCUUACAUGUGAUUUGCUGAAUGUCCCAGAAUCCCAGCUGUACAAGUAGGUCAUGUCAGCUUGUCAAGAUAUGCUGCCCCUUCCUUCUCAGCUGUGCCCAGAUGUUCACCUAGAGCCACAGCAUCAGGAAGCAGAAUGUGCCUAUACACUCUUUGUCAUUGCCAUAUUUUGGCUUACAGAAGCUUUGCCUCUGUCAAUAACAGCUUUACUGCCUGGUUUAAUGUUUCCACUUUUUGGGAUCAUGACUUCUAAGAAGGUGGCAUCUGCUUAUUUCAAAGAUUUUCAUCUACUGUUAAUUGGAGUCAUCUGUUUAGCAACAUCAAUAGAAAAAUGGAAUUUGCACAAAAGGAUUGCCCUGAGAAUGGUGAUGACAGUGGGUGUGAACCCAGCAUGGCUGACAUUGGGGUUCAUGAGCAGUACCGCCUUUUUAUCCAUGUGGCUUAGCAACACCUCCACGGCUGCCAUGGUGAUGCCCAUUGUUGAGGCUGUGGCACAGCAGAUCAUCAGCGCCGAAGCCGAGGUCGAGGCCACUCAGAUGACUCGUAUCAGUGGAUCAGUCAACCAUGGACUGGAAAUUGAUGAAGUGGUUGAAACAAAUGAGAAGAAAGAGAAACCAAUACCAGUUCCAGGAUACAGUAAUGAUGCAGGAAAAAUUUCAAGCAAGACAGAGCUGGAAAAGAACUCAGGCGGGGGAACCAAGUAUCGAACAGAGAGGGACCACAUGAUGUGUAAACUUAUGUGCUUGUGUAUUGCUUACUCUUCUACCAUUGGAGGAUUGACAACCAUCACUGGCACUUCUACCAACUUGAUCUUCGCUGAGCAUUUCAAUAUGCGCUACCCUGACUGUCAUUGCAUUAACUUUGGAUCAUGGUUUAUGCUUUCCUUCCCGGCUGCUAUUAUUAUUCUGUUAUUGUCCUGGAUCUGGCUUCAGUGGCUUUUCCUAGGAUUCAAUUUUAAGGAGAUGUUCAAAUGUGGCAAGACCAAAACCGCCAAACAAAAAGCUUGUGCUGAGGUGAUUAAACAAGAAUACCAAAAACUUGGGCCACUGAGGUAUCAGGAAAUUGUGACCUUGGUGCUCUUCAUUGUAAUGGCUCUACUGUGGUUUAGCCGAGAUCCUGGGUUUAUUUCUGGUUGGUCUGCACUUUUUCCCAAGUAUCCUGGUUUUGCUACAGAUUCAACUGUUGCCUUACUUAUAGGAAUCCUAUUCUUUCUUAUCCCAGCUAAGAGAUUGACUAAAACUACACCUACAGGAGAAAUUGUUGCUUUUGAUUACUCACCACUGAUUACUUGGAAAGAAUUCCAGUCAUUCAUGCCCUGGGAUAUAGCCAUUCUUGUUGGUGGAGGGUUUGCCUUGGCAGAUGGCUGUGAGGAGUCAGGACUAUCUAAGUGGAUAGGAAAUAAAUUAUCUCCUCUAGGCUCCUUACCAGUAUGGCUAGUCAUUUUGAUAUCUUCUUUGCUUGUCACAUCUUUAACAGAGGUAGCCAGCAAUCCAGCUACCAUUACCCUUCUUCUCCCUAUAUUAUCUCCAUUGGCUGAAGCCAUUCAAGUGAACCCUCUUUAUAUUUUGUUACCUUCUACUCUGUGUACUUCAUUUGCAUUCCUCCUUCCAGUAGCAAACCCGCCCAAUGCUAUUGUUUUUUCCUAUGGCCAUCUAAAAGUUAUUGAUAUGGUUAAAGCUGGACUUGGUGUUAACAUUGUGGGUGUUGCCGUGGUGAUGCUGGGCAUGUCCACCUGGAUUGGGGCUAUGUUUGACCUCUCUACUUAUCCUUCCUGGGCUCCUCCACCAGUCAGUAAUGAGACUAUGCCAUGACAAGCAUGAAUCCCAUGACUGACUGUCGUAUGGUGAGUUUUGAGAACCAUUGAGAAUUCACUGCAGACCUGGUACUGGAAAAUUGAUGACACAUCUAAGUUUGUCGUUACGUCACUGCUGUGGUUCCAGGAAACACCCAAAACCUGAUGUCAUAACCCAGAGUUCACAAUCCCCUUGAGAUGCAACCAAAGAGCAUCUACAUGUCUUUACCAAGAAGCCCACAGCUGAGAUUUUGCUCAUGGACCAUAUGCAUCCUGCUUCAACAUAAGAGUAAUCUAUUACAUGACCUUCAAAGAGAUUAGGUGAUUUGCUUCACUUUACAGUUUGGGUUUGGUGUAGCAUUUCAAACAUCAAUUUAUUAUUUUAGAAACUUCCCAUAGAACUAGGAAAUAAAAUAUACCGUUUAAUUAGGUACUUGGAUAAAUCAUUUCUGUAGUGUUGUUGAAGGGAAUUUGUUGAAAAACCCAAAACUAUGGCCAGCUGAUGGUGCAGAAAAAGGUUUAAUCUGAUUGAAAUAUGCAUUCUCUCAUUUUAAAAAGUACCAGAUUAUUCUUGAUGUAUGCAUAUAGUAUGAAAAUUGAAAUUGAAUUAGUAGUUUCAAAAUUAUAGUUGAAUCCACUAAACAAUAGAAAACUCAAGGAUAAGGAUUAAUUUCUACUUGGCCCUAUGUUAGAUUAAUAUAAUUCACAUCUUUAAUAUCUCAAUGCACUAAGAAAUGUAUUUUGUAGAGCUGUGAAUAAUGCUUGUUAUGAUUUGCACCGUUAACACAGUAUAGUUAUAAAAGAAAGCUAAACACUAUAAAACAAUUAACACGUUUAUGUAUAUGUAUAACAGUUUUGCUUAAGUAUUUAUCUUACUUCAGAAAUAUAUAAAGUCAAGGACAUCCAAGUGACUCAUUUAGUUAAGCAUCUAACUCAAUUUCAACUCACGUCAUAGUCUCAGAGACGUGAGAUCGAGCCCUAUGGCAGGCUCCAUGCUGGGCCUGGAGCUUCCUUAAGAUACUCUCUCCCUCUCCCUUUACUGCUGCCCCUCCCUCAAAAAAUAAAAAAUAAAUAAAUGUAAAAAAAUUAAAAAAUAGAAAUACAUAGUGUCAUAUGUAAAAAGAGGGGAUUCAGGAAUUUAAAUGAAUUAUCACUAUGUAUAGAGACAAGGAAAGUCAUGUAGCUCCAUUAUUACCAACAUUGAAGUGAAAUAGUAGAUAGAAAAUAAGAAUAAAAAUUUACAAAAGAAAAAAUAAAUUAUUCAUGGGCAAACAAAAAGGAAAGGAAAAGAGAUCUGAACAUUCAAACAAAAGUGGGAAGAGACUAGUCUCCUAAUACUCAGGAUGUGAAGAGGAAUGAGGUCUAUUGACAUUCCAAAAUCAGACUUACAGGGAGGAAAAUGACAAUCAAAAACAAAAUAUUGCAUGUGCAGUCAGGAAAAGGAGAAGUUAAAACAUAACAAUUCUCACACUAAAAAUAAAAAGGAAGACAGAAUAAGAAAAUACCUUUGGUAUUUUUAAACUUUGC